AUGACGGAGGAAGCCGAAGCGUCCAAUGCUGCCCGAGAUCGGCUCUUCGAGAUUGUGCGAGACAGCGAAUAUGCAGAAGCCAAGAAAGUCCUUUCAACAGCAGAUAUGUCAUGGCGCCAUACGGCUCUGCAACAAAAUUUUCUGUUUUUUGUCGCAGCGCGACGCCGUCGAGGUUCGGAACUAUUGGCGAAGCAGUGCGUGGCGAUGGGGGUGAACUUGGAGGAGGAAGACGUUCAUGGACAGACACCUCUCUUCUGGGCCGCAGCGCGCGGUCCUGGCGCGGCAGCACGGAGCCGUUUCGCGCAGUGGGAAUGGGCUUACGACGAGAUGGAGCCGCAGAUAGACAGAAGGGAGGACAACGACACGACGUGGUACCCCAACUUGACUACACAGCAAGCUGCGGCUCUUGUCAAUGUGCGCAUGGACGACGAGAAGGAACAUUUGAAUGUGAUUGAGCAGUUAGCAAGUGGCUCUCGCCCAUCUGCCUUCACUCUCCCAGCAGUCUCUACACAGACCAAAACCUUGGCUGGGUACGUCCAUGCAUCUUUUGCAGACAAGACAUUGGCGAUUACCCACUGCAAGGUGGACAGGCCUCAUCAAGGACGCGGAGUAGGCGGUCUGCUUCUCGAAGCUGCCGAGAAGCGCGCUCGGAAUUUGGGUGUUGCCAUCUCCAAAGUCAAAUUGUCUGUGUUGGAGACAAACGAACCUGCCCGAAAGUGCUAUGCCAAGUCGGGCUUCAAGGUUUAUGACGAAUGUUCAUCCAGCUUUCCGCCGUGCAACUGUGGCAAGAAUGACGUUUGCCGCCAUGAUAAACGCAAGUGGUUGAUGAUGGAGAAAAUCAUCGCCGCUUCGCCUGAAAGCAUUGGCGUUCCCUGA